AAUUAUAAUAAUAAAACAACAUAAUAUAAAUCAAUAGCAUAGAAUAACGGCGAAUUAGAAGUAAAGGCGUAGUGUCCACAGCACGAUGAGUUUCGACGACGUGAUCUACGUGAUCUGCCUGCUGGCCUGCAUCGGCGCCGGGAGCUAUGUGAGGAAGAUCUCGGACGAGGGCCAGCGGAAGCUGGUGUCCACCGCACUGGGUGUGAUUGUGGUUGUGAUCGUUUCGGGGCUCCACAGCCUGCACUGCUUCGUUUCCUUGGCCCUGGGCACCUGCGCCGUGCUCCUGGUGCAUCCAAGCAAAGGCCACCUGGUCACCUUCGUGGUCAUGUUUGGCUACCUGGUGUUCUUCCGCAUGUUCGACUUCUACCUGGGCAUUCCCGGCCACACCAACAUGAUCCAAAUGCUGCUCACCCUGAAGGUUUCCGGUAUUGCCUUCGAGAAGACAGCCGCCUGGAAACGCCUGCAGGCACGCGCCGAGCAGAAGAAGAACGACCAGCGGGAUGUGAACCAGGAGAGUCUCGUCGAAAUCACCGACUACGACGAGGAGCUGCAGACCCUGAGUGCCGCCGAGAUCCUGCACUACAGCUUUAACUACAUCGGAGUUCUUACAGGUCCCUAUUAUCGGUAUCGUACAUACAGAGACUACUUUGAGAUGCCCUUUAAGACUUAUGCUCCCAGUGUUGAGGCCACUUUGGAGAAGCUUAAGCAUGCAGUCUUUUACUGUGCUCUUUACCUGGCCACAAACUACAUCUGGCCACUAGAUUAUGCGCUGACUGAUGAGUUCUUCAACGAUCGCUCCUUUGUCUACCGCCUGCUGUACGUAUGGCCCACGUUUUUCACUUUCCGUGCCCGCAUCUACACCGGACUGACCCUAAGCGAAUGUGUCUGCACAAUGGCCGGCUUCGGAGCCUAUCCGGAUGAGUCGGAUCCCACUAAUGGCGAGGGACCUCGGAAACGUUACCAGCACCUAAAGCGCGAUGCAGAGAAGCAUACGUACAACUUCACCACGAUAGUCAACACCAGAGUACUGGAGGUGGAGCGCUGCUGGACCUUCCGCGAGGGCAUGAAGCACUGGAAUGUGUGUGUCCAAUACUGGUUGGCUGUCAACGUGUACAAACUCUUUCCAAGCAAGAAAUACAGGGUUGGCAGGACUGGCGCCACUUUGCUGUGCUCCGCCUACUGGCACGGAUUCCGGCCGGGACACUACUUCUGCAUCAUGGGCGCUCCCUUCUACGUUGCCCUGGAGGAUAUGUGGGAUAAGUUGGUGCGCAAAAAUGCCAUUGGCACUAACCGUCGUGUAAUCGACGUCAUCUUCUGGAUCUUCAAGUGGUUCGCCUUCAGUUACUUGGGCGAGGCUUUCCUGCUCUCCUCGUUUGGCAAGAUCUGGCGGUACUAUAGCUCGGUCUAUCACAUUGGAUACAUCAGCUGGGCGGCUAUGAUUGCGUUGGGAUUAUACCUGAGCAAUCAGAAAAAGGCCGCCGAACGUAGAAAGAAUCGUGCGGCUGAUAAAGCAGCUGCCGGAGAUGGAGUCGCUGCCGCAGUGGAGAAGGAAAAGGCGCAGUAGCUUGGCAUUUA